UUUAAAAACAUCGUUUGUCCAGCGAAUUUCGAAAUUCAGAAACUUAAAGAAGAAACAGAGCAGAUGAUGACUGCAGGAGGUCAAAUAUGCUCUCAGAUAUUGGACAAACAGAGAAAGGGCGCUUCCUUGGAAUCUGAUUGUCGCACAUUGACACAGGCUUUGGAGCUAGUUCACCAAGAAAGAGUCAGGUUAUCGGCCAAACUAGUUGAGAAAAGCACUUACUAUGCCAAGGUUGCUGAGGAUAUAGCUGUCAAAUUCCAGCAGCUAAACCAAAUGGUCAAGGGAACAUUUGACGAAGAAAAGGUUGCAGCUGGAGCGGAUACAAUUAGGAGCCAUGCUCCAUGUACUGUGCACCGUGAGGUUAUGUGUUACAAAAACUUCCAUUGCGGUUUACUUUAUCUGAUAUCUAAUGCUGAUACCUUUGUAGCAAGAGGCAAAUCCAAUCACCUGGUUAUUGAUAACAUGAACAAUGAAGCAAGCAAGGAACUGAUCUUCAGUGUGGAUUCUGCGACAGCAAAACUUGACGAGAUUAAAAGAACAAAAGCUAACCUAGCUGCAGAAAAUUCUGCACGAAUUGAGCAAAUGAAAAGCCAGUCAAAUGAGUUCCAUGAAGAGCUAAGGGCAAUGGAUGUUAAGACCUUUGAAAAGGAACAAAAAGCUCUUUUAGCAGAUAUCGUUGGGGAAACCGAGUUCCUGCAGUCUCUGCAGAAUCAAAUCGAGAAACUGAAGGGAAUAUCACAGCUCGUGAAAUGCACCUGUGGACAGGAGUACAAGAUUGAGUUAGAUGCUUGUGUAUGAACAGGAAAAGAAAGCAGCCAGAACAUCGGAU